AUGCAACUAAUGAGUAAAAGAAAUAAAACUCAGUUUUACUUUUUUGGCAUUAUUAUUACUACUUCUGCACUACGGAAGAGGUUGAGAAGUUUUGGCUUUUUGGCACCAGCACUUUUAGCCCCAUUAUCGUCACUACUGCUCCCCCCAAACCCUGGCGACACUUCCGAUAAUCCCGACAUCGUGUGCUCCACGCAGCCCCAUCCACCGGCCGCCGGAGACCGGUACUCUCCGACCAACCCUCCGGUUGGCCCAUGCAUGCCAGCCGCCCUGUGCCUCGACGGAUCCCUCUCGCCUCCCGGCGCCGGGAUGCCAACGGCCAGCGGCCGGAGCUCGCCGCCGGCGAGCACAGUAUCCACCGCCAUCUGA